CUGGGGGGCCGGGCCGCCGCGCACGCCGCCCGCGCCCCGCGCCCUGCCCAGCCCGGGUCACCGGCGCUCGCGCCCGCCGCGUAGCACUCGGGCGCCGCUCGCUUCUCGGGGCACCGCGGAAAUACCGCCGCAGACGGACACAAUGGCGGCGACGGCCGCCACCGCCGGCACGGCCGUCCGCAGCGGCGGCAGCAGCAGCGCCGGCACCGACGCCGCGGGCACCAGCAGACUGCAGCCGCCGCCGCCGCAGCCCCAGCCCGCGCCCGCCGCGCCCGCCCAGCCGCCGCCGCCGCCGCCCGAGCCCCCCAGGAAGCCGCGCAUGGACCCGCGGCGCCGCCAGGCUGCCCUCUCCUUCCUCACCAACAUCUCGCUGGACGGCCGGCCGCCGCUGCAGGACGACGAGUGGGCCGGCGGCGAGGAGAGCGGCGCGGCCAAGCCCGGCGCGAGGACCCGGCUCAGCCUGCUCGCCGCCGCCGAGCGGGGCGGGUGCGGCGCGCUCGCUGCGGCGGCGGCGGCGUUGGCCGCCGGGUCGGGCCCCUGCCUCCCGCCGCCCUCGCCGCUGCCGCUCCUGUUGCCCGGCGGCCACGCCGCCGUGCUCGGCCCCGGGGCGGCCCGAGGGUUCGCGGGCCCCCUGGGCGCGGGCCGGGCGUCGGGGGAGCCAUUGCAGCCGCUCCGGCCCGCGCCUCUCGCCGCCUGCGUUCAACCGCAGCUGCCCGACGGGCCCGGGGGCGCCGGGCAGGAGGAGCUGGAGGAAGACGAUGCCUUCGCCAGCGUGCACGUGCCGGCGGCCGCCUUCCUGGGCUCCGGGACCCCCGGGAGUGGGAGCGGCAGUCGGGGACGCCUCAACUCGUUCACUCAGGGAAUCCUGCCCAUCGCCUUCUCCAGGCAGACCUCGCAGAACUACUGUUCCCUGGAGCAGCCGGGCCAGGGGGGCAGCACCGGCGCCUUCGAGCAGCUGCAGAGGUCCCGACGUCGCCUCAUCUCCCAGAGAUCAUCCUUGGAGACCCUGGAAGAUAUUGAGGAGAACGCCCCCCUACGGAGAUGUCGCACUCUCUCAGGUUCGCCCAGACCAAAGAACUUUAAGAAGAUUCAUUUUAUCAAGAACAUGCGGCAACACGAUACCAGGAACGGCAGAAUAGUCCUUAUCAGUGGCAGAAGAUCCUUCUGUAGUAUAUUUUCAGUGCUGCCGUAUCGCGACAGUGCCCAGGUUGGGCCAGAGGACCAUACACUUCUCUCCAUCAACAGAGCCCUCCUUUGCUCUAAAAAGAAGGAUUUGAAGUUGGACGGAGGGAGACAGUCCGCAGGAGCCGUGAGCCUGAAAGAGAUCAUCGGCCUGGAAGGCGUGGAGUUGGGCGCUGACGGGAAGACUGUUUCUUACACCCAGUUUCUGUUACCCACGAAUGCCUUCGGAGCGCGGAGAAACACCUUAGACUCCACGUCCUCCUUCUCCCAGCUCCGGACGCUGAGCCACCGCAGCCUCUCCAUCGGCCGGGCGAGCAGUACCCAGGGGAGCCUGGACACAGGUAGUGACCUGGGAGACUUUAUGGACUAUGACCCGAAUCUCCUGGACGACCCGCAGUGGCCUUGCGGCAAGCACAAACGAGUUCUCAUCUUCCCUUCGUACAUGACCACAGUGAUCGACUACGUGAAGCCCUCAGAUCUCAAGAAGGACAUGAAUGAGACCUUCAAGGAGAAGUUUCCUCACAUUAAAUUAACACUCAGCAAAAUAAGGAGCCUGAAGCGAGAGAUGCGGAAGCUGGCUCAGGAGGACUGUGGCCUGGAGGAGCCCACGGUGGCCAUGGCCUUUGUCUACUUUGAGAAGCUCGCGCUCAAGGGAAAGCUAAACAAACAGAACCGGAAGCUUUGUGCCGGGGCAUGCGUGCUCUUAGCAGCCAAAAUCGGAAGCGACCUCAAAAAACACGAAGUCAAGCACUUAAUUGACAAACUGGAAGAGAAGUUCCGGCUGAAUAGACGAGAACUGAUUGCCUUUGAGUUCCCAGUGUUGGUGGCCUUGGAAUUUGCCCUUCAUCUGCCAGAGCACGAAGUCAUGCCCCACUACAGACGCCUGGUCCAGAGCUCUUAGCACAGGCCUCCUAGGAGGGCCGGGGGACCACUUCCGCUGAGCUUGGUGGGGCAGCACGUACUACUGGAAAUGCAAAAAUAGAACUCAACAUAGCAAACCUUUUUCCUCUCGACAUGUUUUUGUGUAGAAGCAGUAUCAGAAUCUUUUCAGGGAGUCUUCUGUCUGGCCAGCCGACGUGGGCUGUGAACUGUCUACUGCUCAGCCAGGGAGGGGAGACCUGUGCAGAGAUCCGCUCCCCCGGCUCUCCACUAGCAAGGUUUCCUAGCUGGCCCCAUCCGGACUUCCUCGUGGCCACACACAGACCUUGCAGGCGUGGUCCAGGGCCUUCUCUCCAGACCCAUUCCAAUGCGGAGUGCGAAGUUCUAGAGCAGAGGAGGGAGAAAGUUUGCAGAAGUUGGGAGAAAGCUUCUAAAAGCUUCCCUUGAUGUGUCAAAAGAGCGUGCCAAUCUAUUUUUGUAUCCACUGUUGGAAGUGCACUUUCCCCUGGGCUGUGUGGCUGAGUGUGAGAGCAUGUGUGUCUGAGAGAUACCGCAUCAGCCCUCCACCCGCAAAGCCAGCCCCACCCUCUACAGAGCAGACCUCAGCCUGGGGUCAGGAGCCAGGCUGACCCUCGGCAGUUAUUUCUAGAUAAUCUCUGGAGAGCAGUCACUCUCUCCAUACCAGAUUGACAUCCUCUGCUCUUGGAAAAUGACAUUGUUUCUGUUACUGCUCCUGCUGCCCACAGGACAGAGAAGACAAGCUCUCCCUGUCGGCUGGGCUGCGUGGAAAGGUGUGGCGUGCGAUGCUCUGUACCUUUCUGCCGUCACACCUUGUGUGCACAUUGAACCUUCGCACUUUUCCCACUGUGGAGAUGCUGGCGUUGGGCUCCGUGGUGUGUAUUCCUGUGCUCUAUGUUAGAGUGCAUCACAGGCACGUUUAUGGUGCUUUCUAUCUAUCUAUCUAUAUAUAAAGUGUUUUAUAAAAUCCAGAAUAGGGGUAAGACGCAUGAUUGGUGUUUUGAGGCUUUUGACAGCUGGGACAAACUGCAUCUUAAGCUGAGGCUGAGUCAGGCAAAGAGGCAGUGACUCUUAGCAUCACCACUUCCCCAGGGCUGUUAGUGCAGAGUUUUCACUGCAACUUGUACCGACUCGCUGGGACGACCUGUACAGAGGCACCUCAUCACGCUGUCCCCUCGGAGCUGUAGGAGAGAGGUGCCCCCUGGGGUUCACCUGACAGAAGGAAGCCUGUGGCCCUGUAAAAAGAGAAUUAAAGUAUUUUA